GGAUCUUCCAUUUUUCCCGUGACUACUACCUUGCUUUUCGUCCUUGCCUCCUACUACUUUCCCUUUCCCUUUUAACCUACCAUCGAGUUUGCUCAACGAUCAAACCCUAAUCCUCAUCCUUCAGUUAAAGCACCAAUUCCUACCUCUUGAUGAAUCGCACCUGUUAUCGAUUUGCACAGAUUUUCCAUUUCUUUCGUUUUCAAUUUUUAUAACUAAUUAUUGUGAAACUCGCAAUUUCAGCCAUGAAUCGGGUCUCGGUGCUCUGGUAAAGCAUAUGAUGAUCGAGGUUCUUAGCACUGCGAAUCGAUUGCAUGGGUUUAGAGAAUGCCGGAGCUUCGUAGUGGAGUGCGACGUGGUCGUGCUGCGGUAGGUCAGAAAGGGUCGGAACCGGCGAGGAAGAACGUGAAGACUCGUGCUGCGGUCGCGGCGGCGCCGGAGAAGGGAAGGCCGAGGACUAGAUUGGCGGCGAAGAAAUUGGAGCGUGAGAAGCCGUUAAUCGUGAUAUCGGAGCCUGAUAGUAAUAUAGAACGGGCUAAGGCGAAGAAGAAUAAGGAAGAAGGUGAAGGCGUGAUGGGUGAUGAAAGUGGAGGCUUGAGUGCUAAUAAGGGUGUUGCCCCAGAGGAUGAUGCGAACACUCCACCUUUUCCUGAGAGGGUUCAAGUUGGAGGAUCCCCUAUGUACAAGAUAGAGAGGAAACUGGGUAAAGGUGGAUUUGGUCAGGUUUUUGUUGGCCGCCGUGAGCGUGCUACCGGCCCUGGAGCUAUGGAGGUGGCUCUGAAAUUUGAACAUAGAAACAGUAAGGGAUGUAACUAUGGCCCUCCUUAUGAGUGGCAAGUGUACAACACCCUUGGUGGUAAUCAUGGAAUACCUAAAGUACACUACAAAGGAAGACAAGGAGAAUAUUACAUAAUGGUUAUGGACAUGCUUGGUCCAAGUUUGUGGGAUGUCUGGAAUUCCUCAAGCCAGACGAUGUCUGCUGAAAUGGUCUCUUGUAUAGCUGUUGAGUCCUUAUCAAUACUUGAGAAGAUGCACUCCAAAGGUUAUGUACAUGGAGAUGUAAAGCCAGAAAACUUUUUACUAGGUCAGCCAGCUACAGCGCAAGAGAAGAAACUGUUUCUUGUUGACCUUGGAUUAGCUACAAAGUGGAGAGACUCCUCCUCUGGACAGCAUGUUGAAUAUGAUCAACGCCCUGAUAUGUUUAGAGGAACUGUUCGGUAUGCUAGUGUUCACGCUCAUUUGGGAAGAACGGCUAGUAGAAGGGAUGAUCUUGAAUCUCUUGCGUACACACUCAUCUUUCUUCAUAGGGGCCGAUUACCAUGGCAAGGUUACCAGGGUGAUACCAAAUCCUUCCAAGUUUGCAAAAAGAAAAUGGGAACAUCUCCUGAGAUGUUGUGCUGCUUUUGCCCUGCUCCUUUUAGGCAAUUUCUUGAGACUGUAGUGAACAUGAAAUUUGAUGAAGAACCUAACUAUUCCAAGCUAAUAUCUUUGUUUGAUGGUAUAAUUGGACCCAAUCCAGCAUUGCGGCCAAUUAAUACCGAAGGCGCUCAAAAGGUAAUCAUUCAGGUUGGGCAAAAGCGGGGUAGAUUGAAUAUUGAGGAAGAGGAUGAUUCACAGCCCAAAAAGAAGGUUCGUUUAGGGGUUCCUGCUACACAAUGGAUUUCAGUUUAUAAUGCAAGACUACCGAUGAAACAGAGGUAUCAUUACAAUGUGGCUGAUUCAAGAUUAGCACAGCAUGUUGAUAGAGGGAUUGCAGAUGGCCUUCUUAUCAGUUGCGUGUCUUCUUGUUCCAAUCUUUGGGCACUUAUUAUGGAUGCUGGAACGGGUUUUACUUCUCAAGUUUACAAGUUGUCACCUUUUUUCUUACACAAGGAAUGGAUCAUGGAGCAGUGGGAUAAGAAUUAUUACAUUACUUCUAUUGCAGGGGCCAAUAAUAGCAGUUCUCUUGUGGUGAUGUCAAAAGGUACGCAGUAUACUCAACAAUCAUACAAAGUAAGCGACUCUUUCCCCUUCAAAUGGAUAAACAAGAAGUGGAGAGAAGGUUUCCAUGUCACCUCAAUGGCUACUGCAGGAAGUCGUUGGGGUGUUGUUAUGUCUCGCAAUGCUGGAUUCAGUGAUCAGGUGGUCGAACUUGAUUUUCUCUAUCCAAGUGAGGGCAUCCAUAGACGUUGGGAUGGUGGUUAUAGGAUUACAGCAACUGCAGCUACAUGGGAUCAAUCUGCUCUAAUAUUAAGUAUUCCAAGGCGCAGGCCUGGUGAUGAAACUCAGGAAACUCUGCGUACAUCACAAUUUCCCAGCACACAUGUUAAGGAAAAAUGGUCAAAAAACCUUUAUCUUGCCUGCUUGUGCUAUGGGCGCACAGUAUGCUGAUUUGCUUUGCAGGUCAAAGGAUUUUAUUGACAAAGGAAUUAUGGAUUGUCUGCUACCCAAUCAUAUAAGAUCUAUUUUGUAGAAACUAGUUGUUCCAGCGGAGAGUCAUGUUGUUCUCUGUUAUACAUUAUUAUUCUAUUCUCUUCCCUUCUAAUAUAUGCUCUACUUUGGUUGGGGAAAGUUGCAGCAGUUAAGCUAUAUAUAUUCCUCCAAUAUGUAUAUCAGGUUUUAUCUAAAAACAAUUUUCGCGUGCUUAAUGCAACUAAUGUUCAAUUAGGUGUUUU